AUGAAUGCCCUCGAGUACUUCAAGACGCACCUCAAGUACGAGAAGAACCCUAAGAUUAAGGAGGCGAUCACCCAGAAGUUCACUGAGUAUCUCCGCCGCGCUGAGGAGAUCCGCGCCGUCCUGGAUGAGGGGGGCUCUGGUCUGGCUUCCAACGGGGACGCGGCGGUGGCCACGAAAGCCAAGACAAAGCCUAAGGAGGGAGAUGAUGGAGGGGAGGAUCCUGAGCAGGCUAAGCUCAGGUCUGGGCUUACUUCUGCAAUCAUAAGGGAAAAACCGAACAUUAAGUGGAAUGAUGUUGCUGGCCUCGAAAGUGCUAAACAGGCAUUGCAGGAAGCUGUCAUAUUACCCGUCAAGUUUCCUCAGUUCUUCACAGGUUGGUUUUUUUUGCCCCCUUCUCUCUCUCUUUUCGUUAUCCUAAUGAAAUUUACACUAUUAUCUACUUGAGCAAAAGAUCUA